GCCGGUAGCUGUUUUGGUGCUCCACUCAGCUGCCCACCAUGGCCCGGGGGCUGCCCAGCACCGCCAACCUGGCGCGCUUCUGCCAGAAGCUGAACCGGCUGAAGACACUGGAGGAGUCCACCAGGGAGAUGUCGCUGCAGCGCCACCUGACCACGCUGCACCUGACCCUGCUGGGUGUGAGUGGCGUGAUGGGCUUUGGCCUCUAUGUGUUCAUGUGCACCGUGGCCAAGGAGAUGGCUGGCCCUGCAGUCAUUGUGUCCUUCAGCAUGGCUGCUGUGGCCUCCUUGCUGGCAUCCUUUUGCUAUGUGGAGUUUGGGGCACGUCCGCCUGGCAGGGGCUCUGCUUACCUGUUCACCUACGUGUCCAUGGGUGAGCUGUGGGCCUUCCUCAUUGGCUGGAAUGUGCUCCUCCGGUGCCUCAUUGGUAGCGCCGCCAUGGCUCGCACCUGGAGCAGCUACCUGGAUGCCAUCUUCAGCCACCAAAUCCGCAGCUUCACUGAUGGCCAUGUGGGCAUCUGGCAGGUGCCCUUCCUGGCCCAGUACCCAGACUUCUUGGCUGCUGGCAUCAUACUUUUGGCCUCCACAUUCAUCCUCUGUGGAGCCCGUGUCUCUUCCUGGCUCAACCGUACCUUCUCUGCCAUCAGCCUGGUCGUCAUCCUCUUCACCAUCAUCCUGGGUUGUGUCCUGGCCCGCCCGCACAACUGGAGCACUGAGGAGGGCGGCUUUGUGCCCUUUGGCUUCUCUGGCAUCAUGGCUGGUGCCGCCACCUGCUUCUAUACCUUCGUGGGCUUUGAUGUCAUUGUUGGCUCCAGCGAGGUGGCCCAGAACCCACAGCGAGCCAUGCCUAUGGCCAUUGUCAUCUCUCUUGGCCUGGCGGCUGGCACCUACAUUCUCACUUCCACUGUGUCCACCCUCAUGGUGCCCUGGCACAGCCUGGACCCAGACUCAGCGCUCUCUGAUGCCUUUUACCAGCGGGGCUAUAGUUGGGCGGGCUUCAUCGUGACAGCUGGUGCGAUCUCCGCCAUGACCACUCUCCUGCUCAGAAUCCUCAUUUUCCUGCCACGCAUGGUCUAUGCCACGGCCGCCGAUGGGCUCUUCUUCCAGGUGUUUGCCCACGUGCGCCCCGGGAUGCAGGUGUCCGUGGUUCCCCUGGUGCCCCUGACUCCAGCCCUGAGCAUCCUCCUCAACAUCUUCCUCAUGCUGCACCUGAGCCACCUGGUCUGGCUGAGCUUCUCCAUCUGGCUGCUGAUCGGACUCGCGGUGUAUUUUGGCUACGGCAUCUGGCACAGCAAGGAGAACCAGCGGGAGCGGCCGGGGUUGACUGCCACACUUGACAGCCUGGAGGAGACAGCACAGGCCCUGCAGCCCCCUAGCCCUGCACCGGCCCAAGAUCCUGGCUGUACAGAGCCGUCCACAAGUCCAUGA